AUGACUGAAUCCGAUGCUGUGUGGUUUGGAAACCCUCUUCGUUUUUUCCGUAAACUGAUACAUCCAUCAGAUAUGCACGUUAAUGUCGCAAAUUACGCUAAAGGGGAUGGUUUCUGCGCUUGUUUCUUGUUUCUAAACGCGACAAGAGCGACACAAAGAGUGUGGAAUACAUUGACCAUGAGACUAGGAAACCGUAUGAGCACGUUUGAAGACGGACUAGAAAAUAUUGGUGGCAAAGGUUCGGAACAAGUAAUGUUAUCGAACAUCGCAAUUCGUGAAGACCCAAUCGAACUGAACUAUCUAUCCAAAGACAGAUUUGUCAGCGGGCAGUGGUACAAUAACGUAGAAAUGCAACACAACCUCACUCCAGUUGUUCUGCAAAACAACUAUGUUAUUGGCAACACGAACAAAAUCAGAAGAGCUAAAAAAUGGGGACACUGGUUUUUAUCACGUGAUAUGAUGGAAUGUAUAGCCAAUGCAUGUCAAAUAAAUAAGGCGAUUUAA